AUGCCUGUAAUUGGUGUUGAUUUGGGUAAUACGUACAGUUGUAUGGCUGUGUACCGAGAGGACAAACCGGAUGUGAUUCACAAUCAUCGCAGUUUUCGGAACACACCGAAUUUGAUCACAUUUGCCGGCGAAAAUCGUUUUGUGGGUGAUGAUGCCCGGAACCUGGCUCUGGUCGACGCCAAGAACACCAUCUAUGACAUGCGACAGAUGAUCGGCCGCCCGUACAGUGAGGUGGCCGAUUUAGCCAAUGAGUUCAAGUGGCCAUUUGAAGUGAUUUCCGGCAAGGAUGAUACGGCACAGGUUCAAGUGAUGUAUCGGGGACACAGACAGGCUUAUUUGCCGGAAGAACUGAUUGCUAUGAUUUUGCGCUAUUUGGCGGAAUGUGCGGAAGAUGUUCUGGGUGAACCGGUCAAAAGCGUGGUACUGACUGUUCCGGCCAUUUUCAACGAUGUUCGGCGUAAAGCAAUUCGUCGUGCAGGGGAAAUGGCCGGGCUGAAUGUUUGCCGCCUGAUUCGUGAGCCGACAGCGGCCGCGAUUGCAUUCAAUCAUAUCGGCCGGAGAAUUCGUAACAAAACGGUAUUGGUCUACGAUUUCGGUGGUGCCACAUUUGACGCCACCGUGCUCCAGGUGCGUAAACAACUGAUCACAAAUUUGGCCACAUCAAGAGACAAUCAUCUCGGUGGAACGGAUUUUGAUGAACGUUUGAUAUGCGUGCGAUUCGACAGCUCCGGGUCUACUGUGAAAAAUUGA